CUCGGGCCAGCUUUAAGCGCCGGAGCUCAAAGCGGGAGCGCGUGCGAGUUUAACGGCGACCGGCAGCCUGAAGAGCAGUUUAAUCUGUGGACCUGUUAUUUAAUAACCAUGUUCAUGUUAAAAGCCAUAAAGAUGAAGCAUCUCUCAGCUCUUCUGGUUUUGUGCUUGCACACGGCCAUAUGUGAUGCAGAGCCCACUGCAGCACUAGGACUUCUAGGAUGGGGGGAAAGUACUAAAGAUAAGAGCAUUUCUCAGCAUGGUUCACGCUCAGAUCUCCUCAAACCCCUGUGGCUUUUCUCACACCUGUCUUUAAACAACGAAGCCCCCCAGCAACUUGCAGUACAAGACCUGUGGGCCUGGCUGUUUAAUCGUACAGAAGAGAACGAACAGAGUCUGGCUAGAGCCAAGCGGCGUCCCAUGGUCAAGACGGGCAAAUUCAAGAAGAUGUUCGGUUGGGGUGACUUCCAUUCCCACAUUAAGACAGUUAAGCUUAACCUCCUCAUCACGGGCAAGAUUGUUGACCAUGGCAAUGGCACGUUUAGUGUCUACUUCCGCCACAACUCCACAGGCUUUGGCAAUGUGUCGGUGAGCUUGGUGCCACCCUCCAAGGUUGUCGACUUUGAGAUCAGCCAACAGGAAACUCUGGAUGUCCCCAAAGACACAAAGACCUUUAACUGCAGAGUGGAGUACGAGAAGACAGACCGGAGCAAGAGGACGUCCUUUUGCAACCACGACUCCACGACCAGGGAGUGCUUUCAGGAGCAGACGCAGAGCCACGUCUCCUGGCUCUGCUCCAAGCCCUUUAAAGUCAUCUGCAUCUACAUUGACUUCUUCAGUGCUGACUACAAACUGCUGCAGAAGGUCUGCCCAGACUACAAUUACCACAGUGAUGCGCCUUAUGCUUCAUCGGGAUAGAGCGCCAAGAUUAAUAUGAGCAAAAAUGUCUGUCGAGUUAAAUUUGUCAUCACAGCCCACAUUUCUGUUACCUGCCUGUGCUGAGAGGGCAGAAGAAAGCUAACUGAGUUGAUAGACAUGCUGUGAACAAACCUCACUGAAGGUUUCAUGAUUAUUUUAAGGAAAAGAAUCUUAAAAAAAAAUUAUAAAUGUACAAAACGAAACAAAGUUUCUUGUGAGCCACUUUUUACUAAUGUCCCAAUGUUCUGCAUGUUCUGUCCAAAAUGUAAUAGUAUUUGUAAACUCAACAGUAUUUGCACACGCAGCCACUCAUAGCUUCUCACACUGACAUCAUGAGUGAAACAACAUUCAUUCAUUCACCUUGAACCAUGAUACCUUUACUAGAUGAUUAAUAACAAAAUAGAUCCCUUUUUAAUGGUGCAUUAUGACACCACCCCUUAAAUGUGUUCAGUGUCUUCGUUGUAUGCCAACAAACCAAGCUACAAUGUGAUUUGUUCUAUAAUCAUAGUGAAUUCCUGUCUUUUUGAUUUCUGUACAAUUCAUUUUGAACAUUAAAAACGUGUAAGAUGCAAA